AUGCCAACCGGUAGGUUCGAGACGAUGCGUGAAUGGGUUCACGACGCCAUCUCUGCUCAACGCAAUGAGCUCCUCUCUCUCUUCUCCAGGUUCGAGACGAUGCGUGAAUGGGUUCACGACGCCAUCUCUGCUCAACGCAAUGAGCUCCUCUCUCUCUUCUCCAGAUAUGUAGCUCAGGGGAAGGGGAUUUUGCAGUCACACCAGCUGAUUGACGAGUUCCUUAAGACCUUGAAAGUUGAUGGAACAACAGAAGAUCUUAAGAAUCGUCCAUUUAUGAAAGUUCUCCAGGCUGCAGAGGAAGCUAUUGUUUUGCCUCCCUUUGUUGCCAUGGCUAUUCGUCCCAGACCUGGUGUUAGGGAAUAUGUUCGUGUGAAUGUGUACGAGCUGAGCGUUGAUCAUUUAACUGUUUCCGAGUAUCUUCGGUUUAAGGAAGAGCUCGUCAAUGGCCAUGCCAAUGGAGAUUAUCUUCUUGAGCUUGAUUUCGAACCGUUCAAUGCAACGUUUCCUCGCCCAACUCGGUCUUCAUCCAUUGGGAAUGGGGUUCAGUUCCUCAAUCGUCACCUCUCGUCCAUUAUGUUCCGUAACAAAGAUAGCAUGGAGCCUUUGCUUGAGUUUCUCCGCACUCACAAACAUGACGGCCGUGCCAUGAUGCUGAACGAUCGAAUACCGAAUGUCCACACACUUCAGGAAGCUUUGGCAAGGGCAGAGGAGUUCCUUUCUAAACUUCCUCUGGCUACACCAUACUCUGACUUCGAAUUCGAGGACUUGCUCCAGGCACCUGAUCCUUCCGUCCUGGAGACGUUUCUAGGAAGGAUUCCUAUGGUUUUCAAUGUUGUGAUUUUGUCUCCGCAUGGUUACUUUGGCCAAGCCAAUGUCCUGGGUCUUCCUGAUACUGGUGGACAGGUUGUCUACAUUCUCGAUCAAGUACGUGCUUUGGAAAACGAGAUGCUCCUUAGGAUACAGAAGCAAGGACUGUAUGUUAUUCCAAAGAUUCUGAUUGUAACAAGGUUGAUACCCGAAGCAGAAGGAACAACUUGCAACCAGAGGUUAGAGAAAGUUAGUGGUACAGAACACGCACAUAUUCUGCGAAUACCAUUUAGGACUGAAAAAGGCAUUCUUCGCAAGUGGAUCUCGAGGUUUGAUGUCUGGCCAUACCUGGAGACUUUUGCAGAGGAUGCAUCAAACGAAAUUGCUGCGGAGUUGCAGGGUGUACCGAAUCUCAUCAUUGGGAACUACAGUGAUGGAAAUCUCGUGGCUUCUUUGUUAGCUUGUAAGCUAGGCGUCAUACAGUGUAAUAUUGCUCAUGCUUUGGAGAAAACCAAGUACCCUGACUCUGACAUUUACUGGAGAAACCAUGAAGAUAAGUAUCAUUUUGCAAGUCAGUUCACUGCAGAUCUAAUUGCCAUGAAUCAUGCAGAUUUCAUCAUCACCAGCACAUACCAAGAGAUUGCGGGAAGCAAGAACAAUGUUGGGCAGUACGAGAGCCACACAGCUUUCACUCUUCCUGGCCUUUACCGAGUUGUUCAUGGAAUCGAUGUCUUUGAUCCCAGUCUCAGGGGGUAUUACGUUAAGCUCGGACGCGCCAUAGCUCAGUGA